GUUUGCAUCCGUUUGCAUUCUGAACGAGGCCAUGUCCGUCUGAGGGAUGGCAUCUCAAACUCCAGGGGCUACUGGACGAAGAGCCCUUGGAUGGCUGUUUUUGGGCCUCCUGGUGGUGUGGGAAAGAGUCCAUUGCCAUGCUUUUUCCGCGCUGUCCAAAGCUCAAAAGCAUAAGGUCUGGAAACAAUUGCGGGAGUUGAAGGAAGAGGAAGCUCAACUGAAGAAGUUUAUGAAGACAUUGGCUUGGCCAAAGUUGACUUGCUUCCAAGCAUUCGGCAAGACAUACAACUUGCCGUUGCGUGACCGGACUGCGAGCAAAUCCCCUUCAGCAGCUGAGUUGGGGUACUUGGGUGGUUUCUUUGACGGCGACGGGUGCGUGGCUCCUCAAAACAAUUUGUCAGGCUGUCAGCUGAGAAUAGGACAACUGGCAGUCAAUGCCAAGGUGCUCAUCCUGUUUCGGCGCUUCUUCGGAGGAGGCAUAGGCAUUCAGAGACCAGGCAUUGGAAUCCAACAGCCACUGCUGCAGUGGGUGAUUUAUGGUGAGAAGGCUAGAGCUGCAGCAAGGCAACUGUGCAAAGUUUGUUUGAGCAAGACCGAGCAGCUGCAGCUGGCCAGCAAUUGGCCGGAUGACAAAGAUAAGCGCCAAUUGGUCGCAGACAAGCUCCGCGAGCUAAAGCGGUGCCCUCCCAACAUUCCAAAACAAUCAAGGUCUUCAUGGGCGCACUUGGCAGGGCUGUUCGAUUCAGAUGGUUGCAUUCGUUUGCUCAGCUCACAGAUAUCUUUGUCGCUCAGAAUUUCGCAGAAGUAUGAAGCUCUUUUGGUUCGGAGCAAGACCUUUCUCAAUUCAAAGCUUGGAACACCGAUUGCAAAGGUCUAUGCACUACGAGCAGACUAUGUGUUACAUGUCGAUGAUCAGAAAGCAGUGCAGGUUGUACUCAACAAGCUAUUGAAUGCUGGUUUGACCGUCAAAAGCCCCACAGCUAAGUGCGCACUGUCUCUUCGUGAAGACAACCAUGCCUUAAUUCGAGAUCAGAUAUCUAGCACCACCACUGGCAAUCAGGGGACGAUACACCAGACUGGACGAGCAAGGCUGCAAGCGUUCUCAGCGGAUACAGCGUCUUCAGACUAUGAAGUGGAAAGUUCAAAGGAGCAAUGACAGCGACUUGGUGGUGCAGCUCGAGCGCAAUAUCACUGGCCUACAGCUCCAUCAUAAGAUAGAGAAUGUCAAGACUAGCCUCCAUCGUCGGACUGAGGACAUCCAGAAGUUGUUGUGUCAAGGGAUCUCGGCAUCUCGAACGACCGAACGAGCCUUUGGACGACGGGCUGUUGGACCACUCCUGGGGCUGCUCGCACUCCUGGUGGUGUGGGAAAGAGUCCAUUGCCAUGCGUUUUCCGCGCUGUCCAAAGCUGAAGAGCAUGGGCUCCGGAAAGAAUUGCGGGAGUUGAAGGAAGAGGAAGCUCAACUGCAGAAGUUUAUGAAGACAUUGGCUUGGCCAAAGUUGACUUGUUUCCAAGCAUUCGGCGAGACAUACAACUUGCCAUUGCGCAGCCGGACUGCGAACAAAUCCCCUACAGCAGCCGAGUUGGGGUACUUAGGUGGUUUCUUUGACGGCGACGGGUGCGUGCGUCCUCACGCCGAUUUGUCAGGCUGUCAGCUGAGAAUUACACAACUGGCAGUCAAUGCCAAGGUGCUUAUUUUGUUUCGACGCUUCUUUGGAGGAGGCAUAUGCAUCCAUAGCCAAGGCAUUGGAAUCCAACAGCCAGUGCUGCAGUGGGUGAUUUCGGGUGAGAAGGCUAGAGCUGCAGCGAGGCAACUGUGUAAAGUCUGUUUGAGCAAGACCGAGCAGCUGCAGCUGGCCAGCAAUUGGCCGUGCGAUAAAGAUGAGCGUCGAUUGCUUGCAUGCAAGCUCCACGAGCUAAAGCAGUGCCCUCCCAAGAUUAAAAAACAAUCAAGGCCUUCAUGGGCACACUUGGCAGGCCUGUUUGAUUCAGAUGGUUGCAUUCAUUUGAGCCAACGGAUGUCUUUGUCGCUCAUACUUACGCAGAAGUAUGAAGCUCUUUUGGUUCGGAGCAAGACCUUUCUCAAUUCAAAGCUUGGAACACCGAUUGCAAAGGUCUAUGCACGACGUGCAUGCAAGUGCCAUGAUUUGAUCAUCAGUGAACAGAAAGCAGUGCAGGUUGUGCUCAACAAGCUAUUGAGCACUGGAUUGACCGUCAAAAGCUGCACAGCUAAGUGCGCACUGUCUCUUCGUGAAGACAACCAUGCCUUAAUUCGAGAGCAGAUAUCUAGCACCACCACUGGCAAUCAGGGACGCUACACCAGACUCGACUUGGAAGGCUGCAAGCGUUCUCAGCGGAUACAGCGUCUUCAGAAGAAGAAGCGCCAAGCUCAAAAGAGGAAUGACAGCGACUUGGUGGCGCAGCUCGAGCGCAAUAUCACUGGCCUACAGCUCCAUCAUAAGAUAGAGAAUGUCAAGACUAGCAUCCAUCGUCGGACUGAGGACAUCCAGAAGUUGUUGUGUCAAGGGAUCUCGGCAUCUCGAACGACCGAACGGGCCGUUGGACGACGGGCUGUUGGACCAUUCCUGGGGCUGCUCGCACUUCUGGUGGUGUGGGAAAGAGUCCAUUGCCAUGCGUUUUCCGCGCUGUCCAAAGCUGAAGAGCAUGAGCUCCAGAAAGAAUUGGGGGAGUUGAAGGAAGAGGAAGUUCAACUGAAGAAGUUUAUGAAGAGGCUUGGCCAAAGAGGCAUAUGCAUCCAUAGCCAAGGCAUUGGAAUCCAACAGCCAGUGCUGCAGUGGGUGAUUUCGGGUGAGAAGGCUAGAGCUGCAGCGAGGCAACUGUGUAAAGUCUGUUUGAGCAAGACCGAGCAGCUGCAGCUGGCCAGCAAUUGGCCGUGCGACAAAGAUGAGCGUCGAUUGCUUGCAUGCAAGCUCCACGAGCUAAAGCAGUGCCCUCCCAAGAUUAAAAAACAAUCCAGGUCUUCAUGGGCACACUUGGCAGGGCUGUUCGAUUCAGAUGGUUGCAUUUGUUUGGACGCCUCAGGGAUGUCUUUGUCGCUCAGAAUUUCGCAGAAGUAUGAAGCUCUUUUGGUUCGGGGCAAGACCUUUCUCAAUUCAAAGCUUGGAGCGCCCAUUGCAAAGGUCUAUGCACUACGAGCAAAAUAUGUGUUACAAAUCCGUGAUCAGAAAGCAGUGCAGGUUGUGCUCAACAAGCUAUUGGAUGCUGGAUUGACCGUCAAAAGCCGCACAGCUAAGUGCGCACUGUCUCUUCGUGAAGACAACCAUGCCUUAAUUCGAGAUCAGAUAUCUAGCACCACCACUGGCAAUCAGGGACGAUACACCAGACUGGAUGCGGAAGGCUGCAAGCGUUCUAAGCGCAUAUGGCGUCUCCAGAUUAGGAAGUGGAAAGCUCAAAGGAGGAGUGACAGCGACUUGGUGGUGCAGCUCAAGCGCGAUAUUGCUUGCCUACAACUCUACCAUGAGAAAGAGAAUGUCAAGACUAGCAUCCGCCGUCGGACUGAGGACAUCCAGAAGUUGCUGCUUGAAGGUGCCAAAUCAACCAAACCCCAUCUAGGUAAUAUGCUUCAGCUUGAUCUUGACCUCAUCCGUUCCCCACAAGAGAAAAUUGCUGGCACGUCACCUGUCGAAUUGGGUGGGUGCAGGAGGUUGGUCAAGCCGCAGUCAUCGAACCCCCUGCCCUUCGGGAAGGGAUAUUUUUCACCGCCGGCCGAUGCAGAAGGAUUUCCCCACCAGGAAGAAGAGUUUCGGUUUUCGGGCGAAUGUAGAGGUGGUUGA